CCUCGCCCGCCCCGCCGCGCCGGGCCCGGCGAUAUUUAACCUGGGCCGGGGCGGGGAGCGGCAGCGCCGAGCGAGGCACGGACCCGACCUGAGCCCCGGCCCCCGCCCAGCCCCGGAGCCGCUGUCCCGGCCCGGCCCCGCCAUGAGAGCCCCGGCGCCGGUUGCGCUGGGUUGCAUCAGCUUGGUGCUGUGUCUGCUGGAGCUGCCCGCCUGCCUGCCCCUGCCCGACGGCCGCUCGCCCAAGCGCAGGGAGCCCCCGGACCGGAGACCCUCCCCAGCCUCGCUCCUUGGGGACCACCCGGGACCGCAGCCCCCGGCCCUGCCGCAGCCCGCCGGCAGCCCUCGGCACAGACCGCUCGUCCCGCGCCACGGCCCGAAGCUCAACCUGCGCCACGGACCCCGGCUCACCCCCCGGCACGGUGCCCGCCCGGUUCCCCGGCACAAACCGCUCAUGCCGCGGCAGAGCCCGAAGCUCGCCCCGCAGCACGGACCCCGGCACGGCGCCCGCCUGGCCCCCCGGCACGUCCGCCGCCUCGUCCUGCGGCGUGGCUCCCGGCACCCGCGGGGCCGCCGGCACGCGUCGGGGCGGCUGCAGCACACGCAGCUGCUGCGGGUGGGCUGCGUGCUGGGCACCUGCCAGGUGCAGAACCUGAGCCACCGCCUCUGGCAGCUGAUGGGCCAGUCGGGCCGCCAGGACUCGUCCCCCAUGAACCCCAACAGCCCCCAUAGCUACGGGUGAGGGGGGGGGGUGGGUCGCUGCACUAGACCGCCUGGCCCCGCGCCCCCCGCUCUGCCCCGCGGGACCCCCCACUAAAGCGCUUCCAGAGUCAGACGUGGCUGGGCUCCCUCUGCACCUUUCCGGGGGUGCCCGGUGCCCCCCGGGCAGAGCCCGGCUCCGGCCACGGCCCCACCAGGGACGUGGGGCUGGUGGGAGCGUCCCCACAGAGGGGCUCCGGCGCCGUCGCCAACCGGAGCCCCGUGGAGCGGAGAGGACCACGGGCAUGGGCCGGGGAGCCGGUGGCCCAUGGUGGCCGGCGGUGGCCCGGCUGGCCGGGGCUGUUGACGGGUCCAAGGGGCGGCAGGGGAUCCUGCUGACCGCAGCAGCGCCGGCGCCUUGUGCAAGAGCGCGGGGCCGAGCCCCUGGCCACGCUCCCGCCUGACUCAGCAGCUCAGCACCCUGCCGCAGCAUGCGCGGCCACGGGUGGGGCGAGCCCCGCUGCAGCACCCCCACGGCACCCCCCUUGCCCCCACCCAAGACCCCUCCCGUCCCUGCCCAGGGUGGCACGGCUGCGUGGGUGGGGGUCAUGCGAGGACAGAGUGGAGGGGACCCCGCUCCAGCCCACCUCCCCCAGUCAGGGUGGGGGCACAGGGCAGCCCCCAGCACCUUCCCCACUGGGGUCCCAGGUUGGGCUUGGCACCUUGGGGAGGGUCCUUUCCCAGGGUGGAGGCUGGGGUGCCGUGGGGGGUCCCGUCCUCCUCGGAGAGGAUGCUGUCCCCUUCCCCUGGCACCCAUGUCAUCCCCCUCCAAUACCGCCCACAGCCCUGCAGUGAGAUGAGGACCAGGUGCUGGUGGGCACUGGGGGAUGGCAAACCGUCCCCGAGCACGGUGGGGGGAGAGGAAUGGCCGGGGUCCCACACCCCGCUCCUGCCCCAUCCCCUCCUCUUUCCUGUCCUUGCCUCUGUCCCCUCCUGUCCCCUGGUGCAGCCUCGGGCAUGGCGUGGGCAGGCUGGGGACAGCCCCUGGCCCCACUGGUGACAAGUUGUGGGUUCAGUGGGGACUGGGAUGGCGCCCAUGGAGGGGGACGAGGGGACCCUGGGUAUCCCUGUCACCCCACACCGUGAUGCCGCAGGAGUGCUGGUGUCACCCCGGCAGAGCUGUCACCCCUGUGGCCUGGCAGGACGGGGAUGUGCCGCCCCAGUCACCGGCCCGGACCCCCGUGCUGGGCUGCCCCUCAGCCCUGGCACAGGGACGGGCAGCUGGUGGCAGGGGGACAACAGGGAUCCGAUCCAGUCCUCCAUGAGGAGGGCAGGUAGACCCCAGCCCGUUGGCACCUUGAUCCUUCCUGCCAGCACCCUUGUCCCCUCCUGCCAGCACCACCCUCACCCCUCCCAUGAGCACCUGCAUCCCCCCUGGGUGCAGACCCCUCCCCAAGGACCAUCUUCAUCCCCUUCAUUGCUCCUGGGAGCACUUUCCUCACCCCCCCCCCCCAGGAGCACCCCUGUGCCUACAGGAGACCCCAGCCCCAGGAGCACCAGCCUGCAGCAGCACCCCAGCCCCUCUCUCCUCCUUCCCGGGGGUCCCGGCGCUUGCUUGAGCCGGCUGACGGGGCAGGACAGGACCGGGAUGGGGUGUCCCAUGGCUGUCACCAGAGGUUCCUGGGCCAGGGCCCCCACCGCAGGCAGGAGCUCUGCCUGCAGCCCCCCCGGCCCCAAUGCUGCCCGUUUGGCAAAGGGGUGAGGGACCCAGCACCGUCCCAUGGGGAUGGGCGGGCUGCAGCCCAGUGCAGUGCUGCCAAGGGAUGCGUGGGGGCCCAAGGCCUUCACCCCCCCCAUCCCUUGGGUGCUCCCCAGGCUGCAGAGGGGCUGCACUGAACCCCGUGGGUGCCCGGGCUGGAUCCUGCCCCACAGCAGCGCCAGAGCUGGGCCAGGCAGGCACCACAGUGCGGAGCACUCCCCUUCUCUUCUUUUCAAGCAAAAAUCUGAUUUUGUGCAGAAUAAAAUGUGCGAAGAGGGGUCA